UUUGGGCCAAUGAUUGUUAUCUCUCACACUGUGAAUGGGUCAUACCAUCUUGCCAAAAUCAACAAAGCCAUCUCAAAGCUGAAGUUUGCCAUAUUCUAUCUCAUUCCUUACCAUGCCCACUCCCUCUCCACUCUCAAAGUCACUCAGUUCCUG